UUUCAAUUUUGAUUGUUAAAUUUAUUUAAAAGUUUAUAUAAAAGAUUAAACAGAAUCUUACCAUAAGAAUCAUCAUUAGAAGAUCAAUUAUGAAUUUAUCUUGAAAUAUGAAAUGGAAAAACAAUACUGUCAAUUGUGCUUUAAAAAUUAUGAAGUUUUGAAUUUGGCAACAAAGUAAUUAUUUUGUUACCAAAAUGAAUAACAUAAACAAAGUUGAAGAUAUGAAUGCUGCUAUGAAGUUAGAAAUGAAAGAUCCUGAAACAUAUUCUACACUAUGUAUUAUGCAUUUAUCAUUUUUAUUAGAUUUAAGUAAUGAAGAAUUAGAAAUAAUAUUAGAAAGCAAAAACAAAAACAUAACAAAUGAAGUUAAUGAUUGUAAAUCUAAAAAAGAUAAAGAAAAUAUUUGUGGAUCUCCAUUAACUCAUGAAGGAGUAUGUAGAGUGUAUCAACUGAUUGCAUAUUUGGGAAAAGAUUAUAAUAUUCGUCAAAUAGGAAUAUUUCGCAAAACAGGCAAUGUGAAUAAACAACAGUUAUUAAAAAGUGUGAUAUAUAAUGGAACUGAAAUUGACCUAGAUUCUUCGGAAUAUGGUGUUCAUGAUUGUGCAAGUGUUUUAAAGUAUUUUUUGUCAGAUUUACCCGAGCCAUUAUUAACUGAAGCACAUUUCCAUGCUCAUUGUCAAAUUGCAGUAAUAAACACAAUUGCUGAGGCAGUUAAGGAACCAGCUUACAGCUCUGGGAAUCUGUAAUUGAAUCCAAGCAGAUUGAAAUAUUCCAGG